GCGAUAGGCUAUUUCGAUUAAUUUCAACGAAUGCGUUUCGUUAAGUUAUCACAUCCGAGCGAUACGGCAGUAUUAUUCGAGCUGUAUUGUGGUGCCGGUCCCGCUCAUUUAAUUGAGUUGGUUUAGUACAUUACAUUUUUACAAUGUUUGAGCCCGAAACGGAAGAUAUGUUGCCCAGAGCAGCGCCAAAACCUAGUACUCCAUCAGAAGCGAUGGCUAAACCCACAGUGCCCGAAGUAUCAAUAUUGUUUGGCCAAAUGCCACCACAACAACAACAGGAACAAUCGCAUUCACAACAAUCACAAGCGAUGCAGUUUCAUCAACAGCAGCAACAACAACAGCGAACAACUCCUACCUUCGCAUCGUGGAAGAAACAAAUGUUGCCGCGCGUGAAUUUUUCACCAGUACUAACAACAGAGCUGGGACCAGCAACCAGCAGCACCAGUACAACUAUAACAACACAAUCUAAUGAAUAUGUUAUUAUUCCACGCAGCCGCGCCUCCAUUAGCGAUGCAGUUACAACGCCUAUGUUGCAGUCCUCCAGCAGCAAUGUGGGCUAUGUAGAGCCUUUGGCUCAUUAUCAACGAGAACAGUUGUCUACAGUACAACAUCGUCGAUCACUAGACUCGGCAGCCGCAAAUACAGGCAAGUCCUCGGCGUCAGAUGUACUUACCAUUUGUGCUGGCACACAAACAGAUGCAGUUAACAUUUCGCCCAAGUCGGCCACCUUAGCCUCCGCCACCCACACUAAUUCAAGUCAUUUGGCGAGCAAGCAGGAUGUAGAAGAACUUAUUAACAUUUUGGAAUGCAUGCGCCAGGAGCAGCAGCUCCUAAGACAAUUGUGUGAAUCAUUGAUACAACAGCAGCGUCCUUCGGCCCUUACAGCUUAUAAGGAAACUGGCACACAGUGUGAUAUCUUAGCAAACAGCAACAACAAUGUCGCCGUCAAGCGACUUACACCCAUCAUACAAGAAUACAUAAUAGAAGAGGAUGAGUUUCCCGCGGUGCCCUUCAAUCCAACAACAAGACCUGCAUUGCAGGCUCAAUUUCAAACACCACGGGUGGUGAAGCCCAUGGCGCAAUCGACAGGUUACCGCCCGAAUACGCCUCAGGGUAAGGUACCGCCGCCAGUAGUAGUUAAUGUGCUGCCCAAGCCCAAUACGGAGAAAAGUCUGGUGAUGAAUGAGCUGGCUCUCAAGUAUUUGCCACAGCAACAGCUUGACGAACUGAUGCAGGAGCUCCGCCUGGCUUCUCCAGGAACGCAUAACAAUAAUAUGCACCUACCAAUUAAGACAGCGAGCCCUUUGCGUCAAAUAGAUAAUUUGGCGCAAAGUCCCAAUGAUAUAUCAAAUGCUUCCUACAAGUAUCUUAAAAAGUAUCGUCUGCUUCCCGAAGAAAAGCUAAACUACACACCCGAGGAGCAUUUACAGACGCCACCGGCGGUUCGAAGACCACAGCAGGUUCAGCAACGGGUAGGCUCGCCACUAAUAGGAACAGCAUCGCCACUUCAACUUGAAGAGCAGCCUAUGCUAGAUCUGGAAAACAUACGUAAUCAGCCCAAGUUAUUAUAAAGUGAAAGUUGCGAAUUCUCAUUUUUUUAAUAUGUGCAAAAUUUUUAGUUUAGUUCUUGUCAUACGAAUAUAUUUAAUUUUUUGCAUAUAUAUAUGUAUUUAUCUCUCGAUUAGCAACAUGUUAAAUUUAUAUGUAUUUAUAUAGAUAAGUAAAUCAAAUCAGCGGCACAAGCUCACUUACAAACAUGCAUUAAAAUAAACAUGGAACACGAGUA